UUUGGAAUCUUUUGGAAACUUAAAUCUGCCUAUGGAACUGCAUCUCCAUUAGAAAAGUCCAAUGAAAGAUUGAUUAUGCUUUCUCCGAAUAUCUCGAGGGAUUUGACUGAUUGCUCUGAGUUUGGAAAUACAUCCUGUCCUGGGAGCUUGAGGUCAGCAGGAGUACGAGGGGUAAUGUAUCUAUCCAUAACAGCAGCCUUCAUUCUCACCAUCUUAGGGAAUCUGGCCAUAAUCGUUUCCACCUCGUAUUUCAAGCAGCUUCAUUCUCUGACCAAUUUCCUCAUCCUAUACAUGGCCAUCACAGAUUUCCUGCUGGGCUUUGCCAUUAUGCCUUACAGCAUGGUGAGGUCUGUGGAGAACUGCUGGUAUUUUGGGAUGACAUUCUGCAAAGUUAAUUAUAGUUUUGACCUGAUGCUCUGUUUAGCUUCCAUUUUCCAUCUUUGUUCCAUUGCCGUGGAUCGGUUUUAUGCAGUCUGCCACCCUCUGCAUUACGCCAGCACCAUGACUGUUGCGGCCAUAAAACAAAUCAUAGCAGUGUGCUGGUCAGUGCCUGCUGCUUUUGCUUUUGGUGUAGUUUUCUCGGAAGCUUAUGCUUCUGGAAUUGAGGGUUAUGAAACACUGGUUAAACGCUCGAGCUUGUGCCCUAUUGUGUUCAACAAACUGUGGGGAGCUGUUUUAUUUACAGUUGGUUUAUUUGCUCCUGCUUGUAUUAUGAUAGGGAUUUAUGUUAAAAUUUUUACUGUCUCCCAAAGGCACACAUGUGAGUUGAGCCAGGUGCACAGGCACACAAAAAGUGAUAAGAAAAAUGAGCUUUCUAAGAAUAAAGACAGGAAAGCUGCCAAGACUUUGAGUAUAGUUAUGCUGGGUUUCUUAAUAUGCUGGUUUCCUUGGUUUUUUGGAAUGUUAAUUGAUCCAUUUUUAAAUUUCUCUACUCCUUUACCUUUGUUUGAUGCUCUAAACUGGCUUGGGUAUUUAAAUUCUUUCUGCAAGCCAUUAAUAUAUGGCUUUUUCUAUCCAUGGUUUUGGAAAACAUUUAAAUAUAUUUUAAAAGGCAAAAUAUUUAACCCACAUUUUCGUACAAUAAAAAUUUUAUCUGAAGAUUAA